AAUGCUAAAGCCCUAAAGGCGAAGAAAGAGGAAGGGAAUAAAGCAUUUAAAGAGGGCAGCUUUGAGGAGGCAUAUGGCCUCUACUCAGAGGCCCUGACCAUCGACCCAAACAACAUCAAAACCAAUGCCAAGCUGUACUGUAACCGAGCCACCGUCGGAUCCAAGUUAAACAAACUGGAGCAGGCCAUUGAGGACUGCACAAAGGCUAUUAAACUGGAUGAGACCUAUAUUAAAGCUUAUUUGAGAAGAGCCCAAUGUUACAUGGACACAGAGCAGUAUGAAGAGGCU